AGGAUGCAGCGGCCAAGGAGGAGGUUCACCAGGCCUUCAGCCAAGUGAUCCAGCGCCUUUGUGCCCGCCUGGACGCGGUGGAUUUCAAGCUGACGGCCGCCUUGGCAGCUGGAACGCCCUGGGCAUCUCUGGAGGUGCUGCGUGCACAUCGCAUCAAACUCGAGAACAUGGGACGCAUGAACUACGCCCUGCAGUCAGUCACAUCGACCUUUCAAUCCUUUUUCUAUGAGGAGAAGGAGGACAAGAGCCAGUUGAAGCAGGAGUGGAAAGAACACCACUUCGCCCUCCACGUCUAUCGAAAGCACAUUAUCGAGUCCGCCCUCAGCUCCCCCAAGCCUGCCAGCCGUGCUGCGGCGGAAGCGGCAUUGCAGGAGCAGCAGGAAUGCUCCCGCUGGAGCGAUGACGAAGGCGACCAAAGUGUCUCCGAAGCCAAGACGGAAUCUGACGUGCCUGAAAUCAUUUGCGAUGUGGUGGAGGAGUCUACAUUGGCAGACCUCUCUGGUUUCGUGGCCUAUUGCGAUCCGCUACAGACGCCACCCGUCUUAGCCGCAGCGAUGGUGCAAUCUGUGCUGUUGAAAGCGGAGACCGAGCGCGCGCGUUUGCUCUUCGAAGCGGUCUUCGUUCGCUCGAGGAAGGCCCAGGCGAUGGUGGUGGCUGGGAGAAUUCCAGUGGACUUUCUCUCCUCUGUGAAGAUGCACCGUGUGGCUUCCGUGGUGCUGCGACGUCUUUUGGCCAGGUAUGAAUCCCUCAGCAGGGCUGACCUGUGUCAUCUGCUGGACAACGUGCUCCUGGAGGACUUCAGGGAAGAAAAGCACUGUCACGACCUGGUCCUAAACAACGCCCUGGUGCAGUUCGUCUUGACUCCACUCAAAGUGGGGCAAUCCUCACUAAUGAGUGGUGUGGAGCGUGAGUUGGAUGUGGCCUUAAGUUUGGGCAGCAUCCACGCUUAUCCGAAGCAGCCAUGGGAAUCGAACAUCUUCUUGAGGCAAGUGUUUGGCGAUCCGACGCACUUAUCGUCUCCUGCUUUGCCCUCCUUGCGUAGCCUUGUUGUGCCUCCUCCUAGCAAACGUGCAAAGAUUGAAUCAUUGCCGGUGUGUCAGAAGAAGAUUGUGGUUCGUGAUGCUGUGUAUGACCAGACACAGCAGCACGCGGACGCAGAGAGAGCUUCUGCACUGAUGAAAUGGUGUGACAUCUUUAUGUUAGAUCCUGAGGCUACUCCACCGGGAAAAAUGCUCUUGCGAUGUGCAGGUUCAGGUGAGUCAGCCAUGCGAGUCAUGGAGGACCUUUUUAGGAAGAAGGCCACUUCGACAAUCAAGCAAAGAGUUGGAUCCUUGGGACUUUUCCUGGCAUGGUUCAAAGUGCAGAAACCCAGUGACCCCUUCUUCCCCAUUGAUGAAGAAGCUCUUUACGAAUAUGCGUGCGACUGCAGGGAUCAUGGUAAGAGUGCUUCGCGUGUGGAGACUUUGCUGGGGACCUUGAAAUAUGUUGGAAAUGUUUUUCAGUUUCCAGGUGCUCUGGAGGCUGCUGCAUCUCCCAGAGUUGAAGGAGCAAGUCACGGCUUGUUCUUGACCAAAGCACCUCGAGCUAGGGCAAAGGAGUUGAGCCCGUCUAUGCUAUGCUGGCUUGAAGUAGCAUGCUUCGCCUUGCCCAGCACUUUCGACCGAGUGGUGGCAGGGCUUUGUAUGUUGUGUGCUAUGGGCAGAAUGAGGGCAUCCGACGCUAAUAGGCUUCGGCAUGCAUCCUUGAUCGGCCGCUACUAUGAAGGUGCCUUGAGCCGGACUAAGACGGCAAAGAGCAAGGAGAAAGCGACAUCCUUCUUGCCACUAGGCUGCCCUGCCUUUGGCCUCUUAGGCAGGAACUGGCUGCACGAAUUCCUGCUGUCCCGAAGUGAGCUGGGCUUGGAUGAAGUACCAAGCUUGGCAUCGAGGUCCAAUGAUGUCGGCUAUGUGCUGGUGCCGAGUGCUUCGUCUUUCGAAACAGGUGACAACCUCCCCUUGAAGUCGUCGGAGCUGUCGGACCGCUUGAGGGCUAUCUUGGGCCUGGGCUUCAGUCAGCAAGAUAUAGAGGGAAUCAGUAGUCACUCGCUGAAAGCCACUCUUCUUUCCUACAUGAAUGUCUGGGGAAGUACCUUCGAAGUGAAUGAGAUUUUAGGCUUCCAUGUCAACAAGGAGCAUGGUUCAGCCCUAAAUUAUACCAGAGACGCGUUGAGUCAUCCCAUCCGGCAGCUGGUGGGCAUGUUGGCAGACGUUCAUGAUGGCCGCUUUGUUCCUGAUGCCCCUCGUGAUCAUGUGUUUCCACAGGCCGAUAUGAUUCUGCCAAUGAACCAAGUGUUCGAACAGCAUGUUGGGAAAUCAGUGCCUGAAGUGGCAAGGAUCAUGAUGGGAGACAGGACGCGCUUCACUGUAGAGGAAGAUGCAAAGGCAAAUGACAGGCUUGGCAGGAUGUUGGUAUUAGCAGGCAUACCCAGGACAGGGCUGGUGGAGCAUCUCAGCUCGACUGAAGAGUAUGCCCUGUACCACCCCUCUGUGGGAGUCUGGAACGAAGAAACCCAGGCUGCAAGCAAAGCACAGACCAUUGACAGCUCCAGCUCCUCUAGUGAGGAAUCGGACAGUGCAAGUGGCUCCUCAAGCGAGGAAGAAGAGCAAAGUCACGCUCUUUUAGCCUCAGCUCUCAAGCGCGCCGGGAAGUCCGGGGAAGAAGUGCGCAGAGAGAAGCAGGACCGUAGUGAACAGAUCCCGCAGACAUGUCACGGCUUACAGAAUGUUGGCUACUUAGGUAAAAUGUUGGAUUCGGCUGCUGCUUUCAAGGAUCGUGCUGCCAGCAUCGGAGUGACUGCAGCUGAGCUUGCGAGACUAGAGGUGCUCAACCUGGACACCUUUGGGAAGCUGGCAUAUGGAUGCAGCUAUGUGCCAGGACAAGCGGACGACCAGCCGCUUCUGACGCUUAUAGAGAGAGUGUGUGAAGCUGCGCCACCCCCAGAGGAACGUGUGCCAGUCAUUAGACGCCUUUUCUUCGAGAGCUACACAUUGGCCAAUGCAGACUUGAGGUGGGAACAGUGCACAAAACGAGAUCAAGAGCUUCUUGGAAUUCGACAUGACCCUCUGUGGAAACCUGGUGCAGAUGGAGUUGUGCGAGAGGUCAGACAGAAGGAAGAAGCCCUUGCAGACACCAGUUCUGACUUGCACCUGAAGUACUGUUUGCAGCGCAGGAGUCUGGCGCUGGAUCAGGCUAGGAUCAUCGACUACGAAAAGAUGGAGCGUUGGUCCAGGACUAUGCUGGAAGCUUACUCAGCACUUCCAAUCGAUGGCUACAAGAAGGUCAGUCUGGAUCAAAUCCAAAGGGCAGAUUUGGAACUCUUCAAAUUCCUCAUGAAGCACAGCAGGGAAGGAAUCCGUCCCAGUGGUGGUGUGGCCCCCCUUGAAGCUAUCCUGGAUCGUGCAAUCACUUCAGCGGAAAUUCGACUGCGCCUUGCUCCGUUGCCAGCAGGGUCAGGCAGUGGCAUCAAGCGAAAGCAUGAUGACUUGGAACCGGAGACCGCCAACAAAGCCAAGCACUCGCCGGAUGACAUUGCCAAGUUGAAACGCACCAUCGAGAACCUCACUGGGCAAGUUCGCAAUUUGAAAAGUCGUGGAUCGUCGAAACAGCCACCAACAGGCAAAGGAAACAAAGGCCUGGGUCGUGGAAGCAAAGGCAUGAUGGGUCGCUCUUACAAGUCUACGGUGAAAAUGCCCCCAGAGCUUGUUGGGCAGUCUCCCAUGACAGAUCAGGGAGAGCCUAUUUGCUACAGCUACAAUUUGGAUGGCUGUAACGAGGCGGCCCCUGGACAGCGCUGCCCACGAGGUUGCGCGCGUCUUUCUGCCUCUCUUGCAGCCAAAGGUUUUAGAGCAAUGGCAGUGGAUCAGAAGUCCAACAAGCAUAAACAGGCUUAUGCCACAGUGGCCUUAGACCUUGCUAGUGAAGAAGCGGUAAAAUUUUUGCUGUCACUUCUGAAGCAGCCGGGUCGAGUUUUCUAUGUGCAUGCUGCGCCUCCAUGUGGAACGUGUUCUCGAGCCAGGGAGCGUCGUCUCAAGAGAGCAGUGCGUCGCCUUGGAGUGAAGGAGCCUUCCCCUUUGCGGAAUGCACAAUUCCCACAUGGUCUACCCACAUUGCAAGGCACUGACUUGAAGCGGGUCACCCUGGCCAACCGCAUCUAUGCCAACAUUGCAACAGUGUUGUCCCAAGCAAUCAUUGCCGGUGCCUACGUUUCUGUGGAGAACCCUACUCGUUCCUGGAUGUGGCAAACGAGUUGGAUGAAGCAGCUCAUUGAACGAUUCAACCUGCGUGCAGUGACUUUCCAACAAUGCAUGCAUGGGGGAAAGCGUGACAAGUGGUCUACGUUUUACACCAACGCGCCCUGGUUGACCUUCUUGGCUAUGGAAUGUGAUGGGCAACACUCUCAUCUGCCGUGGGGUGUCACCAAGGAUGGCAAAAAGUAUAAGUUCAAUACUGCAGAAGAAGCGGAGUACCCUCCUGUCUUGUGCGAGCGGAUAGCAGCUGCCACCUCAGAGGCAGCCUUGCAUGCAGGUGUUCAGGAAGUGGUACCUCUGCCGAAAGCCCCUUCUCGACCAGCCCCUUCAAAGAUGGCUGCUGCCGGUCGACAGCCACGUGGAAACCGCCUGCCAGAGGUGAUUUCCGAAUACAAGAGUACCUUCACCGUGACUUGGCCUUUUGCCAAGCCUCUCAAACUGCCAAGGCUGUUAUCCUCUGAGGAAGCAGCCUUCUUUGGCGUGCCCGCUCACACCAAAGCCCUCACAUGUGAAAAGCGGCAAGGAGCUGAUGAUGAGGGCCAGAACCCAAUGAAGUUGUGUGCGAAGCUCGCCAUCCUGAGGACAGAGGCGGAAUUCGUGGAAGAGGCACUGAAGUUGAGUCACCCGUUUGACUCUUCGGAAGCGGUGACAGACGACAUCAAGAUGUACAUCUUUGAACGGCAGAAAGCCUUGGAAUACUAUGCCAAAAGAGCUGUAGAACUUCAAGAAGAAGAGGAAAAGCUGCACGCCCAGCUGCCAGCAAAUAGAAGAGCCUUGGUUGAGGACAAGAGAGGCCUUCUUUUGGCCGAGAUGUGCCGUGAUGCUGGUGUCCACGAUGAUGGUUUAGCAGACUUGCAACUGUCGGGAGCCCCCUUGACAGGGAUUUCAGGUGCAACAGGCCUUUUUUCUCCUGUUGAACAACAACCUCCUGCCAUGGAUGACACCCAGCUCAUGAAAUCCUCGAGAUGGAGCAGGAAGAUGGUUGCAGCGAAGGAUUCAGGUGUAGCAGAUGUCAGCCUGCAGGAGGAGGUGUGGAACAUCACCAUGGACGAGGUGAAAAGAGGAUGGCUCCAAGGGCCCUUGACAGAGCCCCAAGUGCGAAAAGAACUAGGGCCACUUUAUGUGGUGUCACCGAGGUUCGGCUUGAGGCAGUCGGACAAAACUAGACCCAUAGAUGAUAUGUCGAUCAGCUUGGUGAACUCGAGCUUCUCGGCAAGCUACCUUUUGGAAUUGGAUGGAGUCGAUGGAGUGGCAGUUCUGGCAAGGACAUUCGCAGGUGCAGUGGAUGACAGUGGUACUGUUCGCUUAGCGCUCAGUGAUGGCCAAGUCAUAGAAGGCGAGCUUCAUCCUUCCCUGAACUUGGAUGAGGCCAGGAGAAUUCUUGGUCGCACCUUGGACCUGGACUCGGCCUACAAGCAGCUGCUUGUGCGUCAGUCAUCGCUAUGGGCAAGCGUCUUGCAGGUGAGGAAUCCAAGUGGUGAGCCUUUUCUCUUCAUUUCGCAGGUGCUGCCAUUUGGAGUUUCGGCCUCAGUUUACUGCUUCAAUAGGUUUUCGAAAGCUUUGCAGAUGAUUGGUGCUCGCUUAUUUUCACUUGCCUGGGUGUGUUAUUUCGAUGACUUCACGCAGUUUGAUUUGGCUGCCAUGGGUGACUCUUUGCAAAUGACGGCGGAGAAGUUUCUGGAUUUGGUGGGCUGGAAAUACUCCGUAAAAGAAGCAAAACGAAAGCCUAUGUCUCCCAUUUUCUCGGUGCUAGGAGUGGAUGUGGAUCUGAGUGCCAGCAAGUCUGGCUUGGUUUUAGUGCGCAACAAAGAGUCGAGAGUUAACCAGAUUCAGCUUGAAAUCUCAGAGAUUGUAAGCUCCAGAGCCUUCAGCUCCGCUACUGCCUCGUCUUUGCGUGGUCGAUUGCAGUUUGCUGAAAGCCAGACUUUUGGGAGAGCUAUCAGCUUGUUCAUGCGCUCUUGCAACUCCAGAGCUACCGGGGCCAAGCCGGGCUCAAACUUGGAUGAUGACAUGAUGAAGGAGCUCCAAUGGGCGAAGGGCUUCAUAGCAGAAGAUUGUCCACGAAUCCUGAAAGUUGACCAAAGCAGUGUCAGAGUAGUUAUCUUCACAGAUGCAUGCCUGGAAGACAACGACAGGACGGCUGGCAUUGGCAUGGUUGCCAUGGUGUGUCGUGAUGGCAUUCCUACCAAAAAGUUCUUCCUCUCAGAGCGUGUGCCCAAGGAAGUGUUGGAAAAGCUUCAAGUGAACACGCCGAAAGUGAUUGCUGGCCUGGAGCUUUUAGCUGCAGUGAUGGCAGUUGAUCUACUCAAAGAUUUUUUGGUAGCAAGGCGUGCCUUUCUUUUCAUCGACAAUGAAGCUGCGAGAGCUAGCCUUCUUUCCAUGUGGUCACCUAUCUUCACUCAUGCUCGAAUGCUUCAACAUCUUUGGGAUUUAGUGAGAAGCAAGUCGAUCUUCAUGUGGACGUCGCGCGUGCCGUCGCUGUCAAAUGUGGCUGAUAAACCAUCGCGUUUCGAAAUUGUACAGCUUGUGGAGGCAGGUUUCAACAGAAUGCGACCCAAAUGGCUGUAG